AUGGAUCUGCAAGAACAGUUAGAUAGAUUCAAGAGGCAGCAAGAGAAGUGUCAGUCUACCCUUACAAGUAUUGCGAAAUCAAGGCCGUCCAAAUCCAGUGCGACUCAGAAAGCUGUUUCGGUAGCUGCAUCGCCAUCUACGAAUGCGAGGACUCCUGCUCCUGCUGUCAAAUUUUCUAAUGAUACGGAGAGGCUUCAGCAUAUUAAUAGUAUUCGAAAAGGCCCUGCCGGAGCUCAAAUCAAGCGUGUGAUAGACCUGCUUCUGGAGACAAGGCAAGCCUUGACCCCUCAACAAAUAAAUGACCACUGUUACGUUGAUAUGAACUCCAACAAAGCUGUCUUUGACAGUUUGACGAACAACCCAAAAGUGCACUAUGAUGGGAAACGCCUCUCGUACAAGUCCAAGCAUGAUUUGAAGGACAAGAAUCAACUCCUUGUCUUGAUACGGAAAUUUCCAGAGGGCAUUGCUGUCAUUGACCUUAAGGAUGCAUACCCAAAUGUGAUGGAUGACUUACAGGCUUUGAAAGCUGCAGGCCAGAUUUGGCUGCUAUCAAACUUUGAUUCGCAGGAGGAUAUUGCCUACCCGAAUGACCCCAGGAUGGUCAUUAAGGUGGACGAUGACCUUAAACAGCUCUUUCGAGGGAUUGAGUUGCCUCGAGAUAUGCUCGACAUUGAGAAGGAUCUUCAGAAGAAUGGGAUGAAACCUGCCACCAAUACUGCAAAGAGGAGGGCUGCAGCUCAGGUCCAGGGCAUUUCCACUAAGCAAAAGGCCAAGAAGAAGAAGCAUGAGAUCAGCAAGAGAACUAAGCUCACCAAUGCACAUCUUCCAGAACUUUUUAAAAACCUUGGUUCUUGA